AUGGUUAAUAAGUGGUACGUUUGGAUUACUUUGUUCGUAACCUUGGACUGCGUAAGUGGAGAAGAGUGUAAUUUAAACUAUACUGAUACUAAAGAAUUGGAAAGUUUUGGACAUACCAAAUUAUUGUCAAGAAGGAAAAGAUAUUUGACAUUUCCUGAUGGAAGUUCAUUUCAGUUAAUCUUUUGUGCACAAAAUCAAGGAUACCUCCCUAUUGCCCAUUUGAUGUGGUUUGGGACCACAGCUGCGUUAGCCUGGGAGCUGCCUACAGAUCCAAAUUUUUUUUUAGCACUAAAAGAGUACGAGAAGGUUUCUAACGCUCAUAGACGGCAAGAUAUUUCCAAGCACAUAUACUAUUUGGAUGAAAAUGGUAAAGUCAUCGGUAAAACACCAUAUACUCGUAAAAGGAAACCUAUUGUGAAUCCUGCAUUCGCUAAGCGCAGUGUAGAUAACAUACAAGAAAAUAAAAUGAAGAUUUCUAUCGCCGAAAUGCAUAAUGUACAAAAAAGGAGAGAUUACCUCAACAACAUAGAGGAAUCGAGCGUAGAAUUCCACAGAGCGGGGCGAAAAGAUCUUUAUGAAAAACUCGAGACGCUGCUAGACGGAUUGGGUUGGAAUGGCAGAGAGUGUAUUCUACGGUUUCUAUGCGAAUAUGGCAAAAAAAACAAUGCACAGGGAACCUUUUUGGAGGAGAUUAUAAGGGCUACUUUUACAUUGCCUCGAGGCGGUGAGUCUGCGAUCUCUACGAGCAGACAAUACGAUGUCGCCCAUGGGACAGAUGGGGAGUGCGCGAGCAAGUAUCCACAAUGCGAAGACAUGCACGGUUUCCGAUUGUAUGAUAACUAA